AUGCUCUCUUUCCUCACGAUGACGGACGACAUCCUGGUCGCGUACACGAUGCAGCUAUCGAGGAAGGAGGAGUGGGGCGCUAUCACCAGGAUGGGCGCCUCCGCUCGGCUCGCCUGGCGGCCCCUUAUCGAGAUCGCCAUGCCGCCGGCCAGGUACGACAUCUUGCCGAUGAAGCAUAUCAGCGGCUUCAGCGACCUAGAACGGGCAAACGGCCGCCGAGGUUAUAGCCGAUACGCGCCAGCGACCACCUGGCCGAAAGUAACGGACGUUUGGCCCGUUUUAAGAAAA